AUGGGUACUUCCUCUAUUUCGUUAUUCUUAUCGUCUGACGAGUCACCAUUAGGAAAACAGGGUAUGGCGAGUACAGCGAUGCCCCCUCGCACGCUGAAUGCAGGUCCCACUACACUCCAAAAAGCUAUCGAAAUCGAACAAGGCUCAAAUUGCGAUAAUACGACAGGACAUGGCAAAGAUGCAUGA